AUGAUGAUGACCCAAAGCAAGGCGUUUUCUGCCCUUGUCUCCUGCUUCCUUUUGUCGUCCAUACCAGGGGCUCAUGCUCUCUGCAACUGUGGGGUAUCGCUCCCCAAAUCUUACACAGAAGGAGACUGGAACUCUGGGAAAACCAUUCUAGUAAGGAUUGGAUGCAAUGAUGAACAGAUGAAGACUGAGUGCCUGGCUGCCAGACGAGAAGUAGAAAAUUUUGUUUCAUCACUCAUGGAGUUUAUUGAUGAUACCUAUGUCCGCCCCAGUCUGGAUCUUGUCAAUCGUUUGUUGGUGGCGGACAAGCUGUCCAUGGAGAAUUACACAACACUAAGAGAUGUCAUUGUCCGUCAGCGGAAUGCUGCAUCGGAAGCAGUUGAGAAUCGCAUUCAUCCAGAUUGUGCUUCGGGACUGUGGACCGAGUCUCUGUACAGCAAAAAUGCCACUCUCCGAAACACCUACGAGCACUGGACACGAUGGAAUCUCAAUGAAAUACGUGACAAUGCACUUUGUGUGUCCAGGCACUUGGAGAGAGAACUGCUCGAGUUGCAAGCAGAACACAGGAUUAAUCGAACUUUGAGGCUGGAUGAAGCCAUGGCAGGUCCUUUUGCUCCAAGAGUGAAUGAAGUCCUCCUAGAGGUUCUUGGUCAAGACGACCAGAAAGGCCUGACACCGUACUCCAAACGUAUGAUGGAGAAGAUUGUGUUUCAGCGGAAUGACACUGUGGCAGAUAUUGCUGGACUGGGAAUCUCCACUGGCAGAGAUUUUGUGCGAUACUUUCUUCUUCGUGCCAUUGCAGAGCCUCCUGAUAUCCGGCUCCCUGCCACAGAGUUGUCUGCCGAAGGACAAUUGGAACAAGGGGAUUUGGGAGAUGAAAGUAUAUGCUUUCCACUCAACAGCACUGUCCUUGUGUCCCUGGGCAAAGGAACCUAUGCCCUCAAACAACUUGCAGAGCUUCAGCUGGGGGACCAAAUUGUGACCGGGUCCAAUAGCCCACAACCCACCGCCUCCAAGCAAAUGAUUGCAACUUCACCGGUAGUGGACUUUGCUCACAGAAUGGACACCCCAAAGUCCAGAUUCCUCAAUGUUGGCUAUGUCAGCAAGGAUGGCACCAUCAAGACUGUCACUGCCUCUGCCAACCACAAUCUUCUCUUUGGCCUCUUUCAAGACACAACAGAAACAAUUGAAACCUACCACAAGUCUUUUGGUGUUCUCAGAAAGUAUUUUGAUAAUGGGCAGAGUGUCUAUGUCAAGAAUGGGCUUGAUAGAUGGAUGUCUGUUCGAGAAGUUGAUGCUUCUGUUGAGUCAGGCUAUGUGGCUCCAAUCACAUAUGAAGGAACAAUGGCCAUUGUCCCACCUGAAGCAGCAAAGGACCUUGGAACCUCACUUGAUGGUGCCCAAGCCCUCAACUUGCUCUCCCAAUCAACUAUUGUAUCAUGUUUCAGCGGCAUCCCUGACACUCUGGGCUACACUGUUUCUGCAACAAAGCUGUUGUUUUAUGGUCCAAGUCCAAACAACAAUGGUGCCGGUUCUGGGGUGAUGUUUGAUGCAGCUGCAGGCUUGGCUCAGUCCAUGAGCAUGGCCAUGGGGCAUCUGACUUCAUGA